ACAGUCCCAUCCGAGAGCAGAGAGGAGGCGGAGGAGGAGAGGGACAAGAGGGACAAGGUCCCGCCGGGACAGGAGGAGCGAACAGCGUCCUGUUUAUAGUUUAUAUUUGACACAGUGCUUUCUGUGUGAGGAAUUACAUCAGGAUUUCUUCUUUAAAAAGGACGAAAGGAGGGACGGAGGGAUUGUUGGAGUUCGGUGUCUUGGUGAUGGAGUGAGGGCGCACGGGUUCAACUUCAGCCUCGCCAUGAAAUCGGUGCUGUUCAGCCGCUUCUUCAUCCUGCUGCCCUGGGUCCUCAUCGUCAUUAUUAUGAUCGACAUCGACAGUAAAAGGACGAUCCGGACUCCGGCGGCGGGUCGUGGCGGCAGAACGCAGCCGCAGACGCCGCAGACGCAGCGGGCGGCGCGGACAGUCGGCGGCGCACCGGGGCUCGGCGUCACCCAGAAUGUCACCGAGGCGCCGGUCAUCUACGCCAUCACUCCGACCUACACGCGCCCCGUGCAGAAGGCGGAGCUGACCCGGCUGGCGCACGCCUUCCGCCAGGUGCCCCGCUUCCACUGGAUCGUGGUGGAGGACUCCACGACGCGCACGGAGCUGGUGGCGCGCUUCCUGGCGCGCUGCGGCGUCCCGUUCACGCACCUGCACGUGUUCACCCCACGCAGGUUCAAGCGCGUCGGGAUGCCACGCGCCACCGAGCAGAGGAAUUCGGCGCUGGUUUGGCUGCGCCAGCACCGGAGCCGGCGCGACAGCGGCGUGGUGUUUUUCGCGGACGACGACAACACGUACAGCCUGGAGCUGUUUGAAGAGAUGCGCAGCACUCAAGGUGUGUCCGUGUGGCCUGUGGGGUUUGUGGGUGGCAGAGCUUACGAGCGCCCCCUGGUGUCUGGGGGUAAAGUUGUGGGCUGGUACACCGGCUGGAGGCCGGACAGACCGUUCGCCACAGACAUGGCAGGUUUCGCGGUGAACCUACAGGUGAUUCUGGCGAACCCCCGCGCGCUCUUCAAACGCCGCGGCUCACAGCCCGGGAUGCAGGAGUCCGACUUCCUCAAGCAGAUCACCAAGGUCACGGAGCUGGAGCCCAAAGCCAACAACUGCACCCGGGUACUGGUCUGGCACACACGCACAGAGAAACCUCACCUUGCAAAUGAGUCCAAACAUCGAAAGGACACAGUGGUCAUUGAGGUGUGAUGGGAGGCGGCCGAGCACAGGAUCCAGAAGCAGAAGGUCUUUGUUGCUGGCCCGUUAUCUUCUGGCUGGGACUAAAGACAGACGGCAUCCUGCUUUCUCUCCUUAUCAGGGUCAUUCAAUCUGUUGGUGGCAGACGCGGACUCAGGGGAGCUGCAUGAUUUCAAGACUUUGGCUAGCUGUCUGUCAAAAAAACUGGCUUUGUGAGGACGUGAAUGUGUUCAUUUCACAAACUGGGAUUUUGGUCAUCAAAAAAACAAAAAAA